AAAACACGGGUAGUCUAUGGAUCGGAAGACGACAAAGCUGGAAGUUGAAACAAUUGAAGAUAUAAUAGAUGUAAAUGAGAAUAACGAUGUUUUAUCGUGAAAAAUAAAUAUACUGUGUUGUGAUAUAAAAAUAAAUUAUUUUGUUGGUGUAAAAAAUAUAUUAAAGCUCCAAUGAUGAAAAGUACUUUGCCAAAAGACAAAAUACCUGGCAAAAUGAGGAUCAGAGCUUUCCCUAUGACUAUGGAUGAGAAGUAUGUGGAGCGUAUAUGGAGCUUGUUAAAGAAUGCCAUACAAGAAAUACAAAAGAAAAACAACUCUGGACUAUCAUUUGAAGAGCUUUACCGUAAUGCAUAUACAAUGGUACUGCAUAAACAUGGAGAAAGACUAUACACUGGCCUCAAGGAAGUAGUCACUCAACAUCUUGAAACUAAGGUCCGAGAAGAUGUAUUGCAUUCAUUACACAAUGGUUUCUUACAAACUCUCAACAAUGCAUGGACUGACCAUCAAACCAGCAUGGUCAUGAUAAGAGAUAUUUUGAUGUAUAUGGACAGAGUUUUUGUUCAACAAAAUGAAGUUGACAAUGUCUACAAUCUUGGGCUCAUUAUCUUCCGAGAUCAAGUUGUUCGUUAUGGAUGCAUUCGAGAUCAUCUUCGUCAGACACUGCUAGAGCUUGUUGCUCGUGAACGUCGAGGCGAAGUUGUGGAUCGUCUGGCGAUUCGAAACGCCUGUCAGAUGCUCAUGGUUCUCGGUAUCAACUCCAGAGCUGUUUAUGAAGAAGACUUUGAAAAACCUUUCCUGCAUCAGUCAUCUGAAUUUUAUAGAAUGGAAUCUCAGAAGUUCCUGGCGGAGAACAGCGCGGCCGUGUACAUCAACCGCGUGGAGGCCCGCAUCUCUGAGGAGGCGGAGCGCGCGCGGCACUACCUGGACGAGUCCACCGAGCCGCGGGUCGUCUCCGUACUCGAGCACGAACUCAUCGAGCGACACAUGAAGACUAUUGUCGAGAUGGAGAACUCUGGCGUGGUGCACAUGUUGACGCACACGCGCACGUCGGAGCUGGGCUGCGUGUACAAGCUGCUGUCGCGCGUCGGGGAGGGGCUGCGCACGGUGGCCGACGCCGUGUCCGCGCACCUCCGCGAGCAGGGCCGCGCGCUCGUCACCGACACGCUGCACAACACCAACGCGAUCGCAUACGUACAGAACCUUCUUGAUCUAAAGGACCGAUUUGACCAUUUCCUACAAAAUUCAUUCAACAACGAUAAAAUAUUCAAGCACAUGAUCGCAUCAGACUUCGAAUACUUCCUUAACUUGAAUAAUAAGUCACCGGAAUUCUUGUCAUUGUUCAUUGAUGGAAAAUUAAAGAAAGGCGAAAAGGGGAUGAGCGAACAGGAAAUCGAAGCUGUGCUGGAUAAAACAAUGGUACUAUUCCGAUUUUUACAAGAGAAGGACGUUUUCGAACGUUAUUAUAAACAGCAUCUAGCGAAACGGCUCUUACUCAAUAAGUCUGUCUCUGAUGACAGUGAAAAGAACAUGAUCUCCAAACUUAAGACUGAGUGUGGUUGUCAGUUCACAUCAAAAUUAGAGGGUAUGUUCAAGGAUAUGACCGUCUCUAACACCAUCAUGGAUGAAUUUAAGGAACACGUGCUCUCUAGUGGGCUGAACUUGUACGGAGUGGAUCUGUCCGUCCGCGUGCUCACGACCGGCUUCUGGCCGACGCAGAGCGCGACGCCGAAGUGCAACAUACCGGCUGCGCCCAGGAACGCAUUCGAAGUCUUCAGAAGCUUCUACUUGGCGAAGCACUCCGGGCGGCAGCUGUCCCUGCAGCCGCAGCUGGGCAGCGCGGACCUGCACGCCACGUUCGGCGCCGCGCCCGCCUCCCCGCCCGCGCCCGCCGCGCCGCGCCGCCACAUCAUACAGGUCUCCACCUUCCAGAUGUGCGUCUUGCUGCUCUUCAACCAGCGCGACCGUCUCACCUACGAGGAAUUACUCAACGAGACUGAUAUACCGGAAAAGGAUUUAGUCCGCGCGCUUCAAUCGUUGGCCAUGGGCAAGCCGACCCAACGAAUUCUCAUCAAACAUCCUAAAACUAAAGAAAUUGAACCCUCACAUCAGUUUUACGUCAAUGAUGCCUUCACAUCUAAGUUACAUAGAGUUAAGAUACAAACGGUAGCCGCGAAGGGAGAGUCGGAGCCGGAACGGCGCGAGACCCGCAACAAGGUGGACGAGGACCGCAAGCACGAGAUCGAAGCAGCCAUCGUGCGCAUCAUGAAAGCCAGGAAGAAAAUGGCACACACGCUGCUGGUGGCGGAGGUGACGGAGCAGCUGCGCGUGCGCUUCCUGCCGUCGCCGGUCGUCAUCAAGAAGCGCAUCGAGGGGCUCAUCGAGCGGGAGUACCUCGCGCGCACGCCCGACGACCGCAAGGUGUACAACUACGUCGCAUAGGUGAGACACUCUCCGUUCGAGCGACUUUCCGUUACUGUGAGAAUAAUAAUAUUACUGAAACCUUUCCUCGAAUGCUCAUUUAUAUAAAGGAAUUAUUGUAAAUACCUGUGUAACUAAAACCUCGAAUGAUGUACUGCGACAGUGGCGGUGUCGCGAGCGAGCUACGUUGAUUAAAAAUAUGUUUUGUAA